AUGUUAGCUGCUGCUGCUAUGGCUGCCUUAACUAGUGGUUGUUUUCCAACAUCUUGUAAUCUUCCUAAUCAAUUGAAUCCACUACUGUCUCAAUCUUACGGACUGUCAUCAUAUUCACCAAAUUUAAACUUGAUCAACAAUUCACAGCGUGUACAGUUAGCUAAACAACAGCAAUCAUUUAUACCUUCAUCAUUGAACAGAAAUUCAAAAAUGAACAAUCCUCCUCCUCAUCAUCAUCAUCAACAGCAAAAUAAUACAUCAACUACGAAUACCAAUAUGAGUAAUUUCCUUUCGACGAGUUGUAAUUCGUCGGAUUCACCAAUGCGUUUAACACAUAACAGUAAUAAGUUUGUUCAAGAUGAACUCUUAGAUCCUGAUUACAAUACUACUACCACUACUACUACUACUAGUAUUACUACUACUAAUAAUAACUGUGAUAUGAAUACAAGUCAUACAUCACCGCCUAUAUUGUCUCGAUCGAAUAGUCCACAUCAAUCGAAUCGAUUGAUAUCAUCGAAUGAUAUGGCAUACAUGUCUAUGGAUGAUGCUGAUGAAGAGAAUGAUGAUGAGGAAAGUGAAGAAGUUGAAGAUAUUGAAGUUGAAAAUCCAAAUCAAGGUGGUAAUCAUCAAUGGACAUUUGAAGAACAAUUUAAACAAUUAUAUGUCAUAUCAGAUGAUCCAAAACGGAAAGAAUUUCUAGAUGAACUUUUUGUUUAUAUGCAAAGAAGAGGUACACCUGUCAAUCGGAUACCCAUUAUGGCUAAACAAGUAUUAGAUUUAUAUGAAUUAUUUCAACUGGUUGUUGCACGUGGUGGCCUUGUCGAAGUGAUCAAUAAAAAGUUAUGGCGUGAAAUAACUAAAGGAUUAAAUUUGCCUUCAUCGAUUACAAGCGCUGCAUUCACCUUGAGAACACAAUACAUGAAGUACUUAUAUCCAUAUGAAUGUGAAACACUUGGAUUAAGUUCACCAAGUGAAUUACAAGCAGCAAUCGAUGGAAAUCGACGGGAAGCUAGACGUAGUUCAUAUGGUUUUGAUUAUUCAAUGGUGAUGGCACCAAAUGUAUCACGUUCUGUAUCACCAUCUAGUUCUUUGCCUACUGCUGCUGCUGCUGUUGGUAGUGGACUAUCUAUUCAAUCGCCUUCUACAAUAACUUCUUCAUCUCAGAUAGGAAAUAGUUCAGUUAAUUUAUUUCCACCUGGUUUCUUACCACCAAUAGUAUCUGCUGCUGGUUUUCCAAUGAUCCCAUCUAACUUUCAAGGUUUUAAUUCAACAACAAUAAAUAAUUCCGAUGAUUCAUUGAUUACAUCACCUUCUCAGGCAAUAGGAUGUACAGGUGGCAUACUGCCAGGUGUACCAAAUGGUUUUACAGAUCCGAAUGCUAUGGCAGCAGCUGCUGCAGCGGCAGCAACUUUGUUCAGUGCUGGAUUCCCUACACUUCCAGGAGCCUUUUCUACAACACCACCACCCCAAUCACAGCAACAACAGCAUCAACCGACAGCAACAUUUCCUGUACAUAAUUCAUUUAUCAAUGCAGAAGGAAGUCCCAAAUUUCAAACAAUGAAUAAUAUACGAAAUCAAAUUAGCCAUUCAGUUGGUGUAAAUGAGAGCAAUUCACCAAGUGGGAUGCGAUCAAAGAAUAAACUAUUGCCAAACGAUACAGAUGACUGUCAGUUCUCUUCAAGUCUACCGUUAAAUCUAACAGCAAACGAUAGCUGUAGCACCAGCAGUAUGAUCAAAUUAGAUGAGAAAGGUACUCCAUAUGCGGAUAAUGAUAGAACACCAGUUAUUCAAACAGAUCCUGAGAAUUUUAAUCAGAUUCAGUAUGAUCAAGAAAACGGUUCUUUGAAAAUUAAUUCUAACAAUGGAUACAUUGAGAAAGAGGAUGAAAGUAUAUUUAAUGAGUUCAGUGAGUCAAGCAAUCAUGGUCAUCACCAUCGUCAUAAUCAUAAUCAUCAUCAUCAUAAUGGAGAUGAUAGUGAUGAUAUAAUCGAUAAUGACUACCUUGUUGGCAGUGAUAUGGAGCAAACACAGUUCAGAUGUAAAUCGAAUCCAUCGAGCAGUAUUAAUAAACGUGAAGUGUUGGGAAACAAUAAGGUUCAGUUAUCACAAACAAAUCUGUCUUUUGACAGUGAAGAUUCAAGCAUGAAAACAGCUGCACAGAUGGCUUGCCAACAACUGUGGGCUGCAGCAGCGGCAGCAGCUGCAGGAUUACACUGUGGGGGCAUGAAACCAACAGAAACAAACAGUUACACUUCAAUGUCAACAAAUUUAAAUGGACCUGUGAAAAAUAAUCCUCUUCAUUCCAUGGAAUACUCUAGUAAUAAUAACAAUAAUCAUAAUUCCAGCAGUAAUAAGCCUAUACAACAUUCAUCUUAUUCAAAGGCUGUUAGCAAAAAAUCCAGUUCCCGUACACCAAAUCAUUUGGACGUACCAAGCAGUAAACUACCUAAACUUUCAUCUAACAAUACAUCAAACACUGGUGGUAACAGUAAUGAAACCAGUGGGAAAUCAUAUCCAUCAUCAAAUAUAUCAAAAAAAUCAUUGAAUUCUUCAUCUGAACUACGUCGACAAAAUGAUCCCAUUUCAAUGUCAUCCAAUCUUAGUAAUACAUUAGGAUUAAAUAGUAAUCAUAGUAAUAACAAUAACAGUAAUACCAAUUUUACUGCAACUCAAAUGUCAAUGACAACACAGAAUUUAAGAAUUCAAACACAACCUGGUGCUCCAAUGGGAUUACCACAGAAUGCAAUGGUUGUUACAAUGGAAAUGGGAAAUAUCCUAUAUCAGGGUGUAUUAUUUGGUCAAUUGAAACGAUAA